UAUGCAAUCAUAUCACCAAUUUUAUAUAUUAGGUCAUCCAUACAGAUUUACUAGGCUGAAUGCAUCCGAAGUAAAACUUCUGACUGCACUUUAAAUUACUGACAACUUUACAAAAGUUAUGCUUAAAUUUUGACUCAACACCAGAAAACACUAACGCAAGUCCUACAGAAUGACCAUUGCAGGAAAAAGCCAUUUGACACAAAGAAGUAUCUAAUUUCACUUUCACAUUUAGAAGUUAUUUUCUACUUUCGUUGCUGUUGAUCUGACAUUCAUAUAUCUUCGCUACUGACCCAUUUAAAUUGAUGUGUCGCGAAACUCAUCGCUCUGCCGUAAGUGAAAACUGACAUGAUGUUUGUGGAGCAUUUACAGUCGUAACCUCUAUAUGAAACAGAUCAAUAAAUUUGCUUCUAACAUUUACUGGACAAUGUUUUAGCUUCUGUUUGUUAAUAUAUGCUCUGUAUUUUUGUUUUUAAUAUUAUUGUUUUAUACCCGUUUAUUUUUUAUAGCUCUUUGUUUGACACAACCAGCUGUGUUCCCUUUGGUCAAAAGUCUGUUUAAAUAAACUGUGUUCAACUGAAUCAAUAUACAGAUAACACCCAAAAAGCCAUUGUUUAUGCGGAUGUUUGUUUUUGUGAAAUAAUUUGACUAAAAUGUACAAAAAAUUGGGCACAAUAGGCACUUUACACCAUGUUGAUUAUAGCAGACUUUUUUUCAAAGCUUCCUUUUUAAUGCUUUAUUUGAACGACGAUAUGUCGUUUGAUGUAAAUAUAAAAUUGUUCUUGUAUGUUCUUGUUAAUAAAGUUUAUUUCUAUUAAAUAUUAUUUAUCCACUAUUCCGUACCUUGUGUGCAAGCAGUGUCAAUCUAAUUAAUAUAUUGUAUUAUCAUAGGCCUACAAAUACAAGAGAGCCCUGAAGACCCUGUAUCGCUCACCUGACCUAAUUCUUACCUCAGAUGAUCUAAUACCUAAUAUGGCACAGAUUUCCUAUAGACAAACAUUUUGAUCAUCUUUUUAUGUAAAUAAGAUUGAUCAUUAAUCAAGUUCAUUUUUUGACUUAGUGAUAUAGUCUUUGACCUCAAGCAACCGACCACGGUUAAACUUGACCUUGAUUUCAAACAAAUAUUCUGAGAUUUAUGAUGAUCAAAUUGGAAAAGUGACCCCUGCAGUGUUAACGAAGUUUUUCUUUAAUUUGACCAAAUGACCUAGUUUUUCCCAAGUGACCCAGUUCCAAGUCAUCCAAGAUUUUGAACGGACAAACAUUCUGACCAAGUUUUAUAAAGAUCAAGUAGACAAGAACAUGUAGAACACGAAAUCCUCACCCCUUGAUGCAUUCAGUAAUUGCACAAUCAACAGAAAUUAUUUGGUCACUGUGCACUGGACGUUUGACAUACUGACCUCAAAUCAAUAAUAAUGGGUCAUUUAAACUCUGUAUCAAAUGUCAUCUUACACUAAAGCAUUCUCUAGUUAUUUGGCAAAAAGCUCUACUGUUCUGGGUCAAUGUGACCUUGACCUUUGCCCUAUUGACCUCAAAAUCAAUAGGGGUCAUUUACUGGUCAUGAUCAACCUACUAUUAAUGUUCGUGAUCUUAGGCCCAAUACUUCUCAAGUUAUCAUCCGGAAACUCUUUAACUGUUCCAGGUAACUGUGACCUUGACCUUUGACCUCAAAAUCAAUAGGGGUCAUCUGCUGGUCAUGAUCAACAUCCCUAUAAAGUUUUGUGAUCCUAAGCCCAAGUGUUCUCAAUUAUCGUCCGGAAAUGGUUUAAUUGUUCCGGGUCACUGGUACCUUGAUCUUUGACCUCAAAAUCAAUAGGGGUCAUCUGCUGGUCAUGACCAAUCUCCCUAUGAACUUUCAUGAUCCUUAGGCCCAAGUGUUCUCAAGUUAUCAUCCAGAAACGGUUUAACUGUUCCAGGUCACUGUAACCUUAACCUUUGACUUACUGACGUCAAAAUCAAUAGGGGUCAUCUGCUGGUCAUGACCAACCUCCGCAUAACCUUUCAUGAUCCUAGGCCCAAGCAUUAUCAAGUUAUCGUCUGAUAAAUUGGUUUAACUUUCCGGGUCACUGUGACCUUGACCUUUGUCUUACUGAUCUCAAAAUCAAUAAGAGUCAUCUGCUGGUCAUGACCAACCUCCAUAACAACUUUCAUAAUCCUAGGCCCAAGUGUUCUUGAGAUCAUCCGGAAACAGUUUAACUGUUACGGGUCACUGUGACCUUGACCUUUGACCUACUGACCUCAAAAUCAAUAGGAGUCAUCUGCUGGUCAUGACCAACCUCCCUAUCAACUUUCAUGAUCCUAGACCCAUGCAUUAUCAAGUUAUUGUCUGGAAACUGUUUAACUGUUCAGGGUCACUGUGACCUUGAUCUUUGUCUUAUUGAUCUCAAAAUCAAUAGGGAUCAUUUGCUAGUCAUGAUCAACCUCCUUAUUAGCUUUCAUGACCCUAGGCCUAAAUGUUCUUGAGUUAUCAUCCGGAAACGGACUGGUCUAGGGACAGACAGACCAACCGACAUACAAACAUCUGCAAAACAAUAUACCCCAACUCUUAAAAGGGGGGUAUAAAAAUGUGGUAGCAAGAUUUUUCUAUGAUUUCACCUAGUGACCUAGUUUUUCACCAAGAUACUGCAGUUUUUUUACUUGAUCGUGAUUUCAUAAAGACAAACAUUCUGACAAAAUUUCCUGAAGAUCAAGUAGAUAAUGUUGCUUCAAGAGAGCUUACAAUGUUUUUCUAUGAUUUGAACUAGAGUUUUAAACUUUAUCUAGAUAUUUCCUUUUAACUGACUUGGCGAUCUAGCUCUUGUCCUUAGAUGACCCAGUAAUGGAUUUGUGUGAGAUUCUAUUGAUGGUUAUAGUCUGACCAAGUUUCAUUUAGAUUUGGCGGCUGACACAGGGUGAUCACUAUUGACCACUUUGAGCUCAGGUGAGCUAAAAGUAGUUUUUAGAAAUAACUGAACCACCGUGCUCAUAAAAGUGUGAUUGGCUGUUAUUCAAUUUUUAAUAUACCAGUUUUCGUUGGCUUGUUUACUAGUUUAUUUCCCCAAGGACCUAGAACAUACGUCUGAUUGUUGGUAUGCACAUAUAAAGAGUUCUAAAAAUGCAAGUCAGUGUGAAUCUGUAUGUUUAGGCACGUACUGGCUUACCUCGAAGUGUAUCACGUGCUACAGAAAUAUGGAACAAUCAGUAGAAUAAGGAAUACAUUCAUAAGGCUAAGGGCAUACUUUUUUUUGUUUUAAAGGCCCAUGUGGUUUACCGAAAUCAUUGUCCAACAUAAAUAUGCAGAAGUAUAAUAUCACCCGUUCAUUUAUGUAACGGAUUAUGCAAGGUGCUGUGUUAACUCCCAUUAAUUACUAGCCUUUGUCACGAUGAUCCUUCUAUGAAUAUUUCUUUUUUUCUAUUGACUGUUCUUUUUCAAAUGCCAAGUUGUUAAGACUUUCUUGUUUAAGACUUGUCCCGUCACCUUAUAUUAUACCAGAAGUGGCCCACAGAUUACUAGAUAAUGAGCUAUCGUGCGUGAAUUUGAGCUUUAUUGUGAAAUAAAACCGGGUACAAUAUUUUACGUUUCAGAUAUCAGUCAUGCUUCAACUGCAAUAAAGAAUGUAAAAAUAUUGCGUAGUUUCGCUUCAGUUACUUGUAUUUUAUGCUGUAUUUUAUGUAAAGUUAAAGGAAGUAAAAAUCAUGGCAAAUUUUCUGUUUGUUGUUGGAAUACUUCUAGUUGGCCUUAUUUAUGAUGUCGCUGGUCUACAACACUGCUAUGGGUUUCUCUGGUGUGAGGAUGGUUACUACUGUUGUAAUUAUAAUACAAAAUGUUGCGCUUCUCUUGCUGGAGGAGCGAUCGCCGGUAUAGUGAUAGGUAUUGCCGCCGUCGUCGGGAUAUGUAUCUGCGUAUGUAUCGUAUGUAUGAGGCGGAGGAGAAACCAGCCUGGGAUAGUUGUACAAAAUCAGUCGGCAGUGGGAGGAGUGGCAGUUGUUUCGCAAGUUGCCUAUCAGAACCCUGGAAUGUAUGGUCAACCUGGACUCCCUCAGCAAGGUUUCGUGCAACAGCCAGCACCUUACGGACAACCAGCACCCUAUGGACAGCCUGCCCCGUACGGACAACCUGCACCUUAUGGACAGCCUAGCAGUGAUCCCAGCAAAGUUACAUCGGCGCCACCAGCUUAUACCCCAAAUUAAAACAUUUCAAAAUGAACAUCAACUACAUAUACUUACAGCUUACUAACCGAAGCAAACUUUUUAUCGAAUCUGCUUGAAGUUGAAUCAGCACCCGCAACUCAUAUCAAAUUUCUAGAGUACCAAAAUGCUACUUCUUCUGCAACCAUAUCACCAAUUUAUUCGGUCAGCCAUAAAGAUUCACUAGGCGGAAUGCAUCCGAUGUAAAACUUCUGACUGUGCAUUUUUAUUUACUGACAAUUUACAAAAGUUAUGCUUGAAUUUUGACUCAACACCGGAAAACACAAGUCCUACAGAAUGAUCAUUGCAGGAAAAAGUAAUUUGGCAAACCAGUCGUGUUCCUUUUGGUCGAAAGUCUGUUAAAUGCACUAUACUGAACUGAAUCAAUAUACAGAUAAUAUCCCAAAAGCCAUUGUUUAUGUGGAUGUUUGUUUUUGUGAAAUAAUUUGACCAAAAUGUACAAACAUUCGGCACAUUAGGCACUUUACAUCAUGUUGAAUAUAGCAGACUUGUUUUUCAAAGCUUCCUCCUCUUUUAUGCUUUAUAUGAACUAUGCUAUAUGAUAACCUUCAUGUAAAUAUAAAAUUGUUCUUGUAAAUAAAUUAAAAAUU